GCGGCAGCAGUAGCAGCGGCACCAUGGCGCAAGCCGCCAAGCAGCUCCGCAAGACCAAGGACCUUGCGGAGGCCGCCGCCCAGGAGCAGAGGGAGAAGGAGGAGGAAAAGUUAAAAAAGAGGAAUCGAUCCAGGGAUCGCAGGCGCAAGGCUGAUGCAGCCACCAGCUUCCUGCGUGCAUGCCGUUCAGGAAACUUGGACAAGGCCCUGGAUCACAUGAAGAAUGGAAUUGACAUCAACACAUCUAAUCAAAAUGGUCUCAACGGGUUACACCUGGCCUCUAAAGAAGGUCAUGUCAAAAUGGUGCUGGAGCUACUGCAUUCUGGGAUUGAACUGGAAGCCACCACCAAGAAAGGGAACACAGCUCUUCAUAUCGCAGCGCUGGCAGGGCAGGAGAAAGUGGUGGCUGAGCUUGUCAACUAUGGUGCCAACGUUAAUGCCCAGUCACAUAAAGGUUUCAGUCCUCUCUACAUGGCAGCACAGGAGAAUCACCUAGAGGUGGUCAAGUUCCUACUUGAGAAUGGUGCCAAUCAAAGUCUCCCAACUGAGGACGGCUUUACUCCUCUGGCAGUAGCACUCCAGCAGGGCCAUGAAAAUGUUGUGGCACUGCUCAUCAACUAUGGCACCAAAGGCAAGGUUCGCCUCCCUGCACUGCACAUCGCCGCCCGAAAUGAUGACACGCGUACCGCUGCAGUGCUCCUGCAGAACGAUCCAAACCCUGAUGUUCUCAGCAAGACCGGUUUCACACCUCUCCAUAUUGCAGCCCACUAUGAGAAUAUGAGUGUUGCCCAGCUGCUACUGAACAGAGGAGCCAAUGUAAACUUCACCCCCAAGAAUGGCAUCACCCCCCUUCAUAUAGCCUCCAGGAGGGGCAAUGUGAUGAUGGUCAGACUACUGCUGGACAGAGGAGCCCAGAUUGAUGCCAAAACAAAGGAUGAGCUGACUCCUCUUCACUGUGCAGCCAGGAAUGGUCAUGUUCGUAUCAUUGAGAUCCUGCUGGAACACGGUGCUCCCAUCCAGGCUAAAACCAAGAACGGUCUCUCCCCCAUCCACAUGGCAGCUCAGGGGGAUCACAUGGACUGCGUCAGGCAGCUACUGCAGUACAACGCUGAGAUUGAUGACAUCACAUUAGAUCAUUUGACCCCUCUUCAUGUAGCAGCCCACUGUGGUCACCAUAGGAUGGCCAAAGUCCUCUUGGACAAGGGGGCCAAAGCCAAUGCACGUGCUCUGAACGGCUUCACACCUCUCCAUAUUGCUUGCAAGAAGAACCACAUGCGGUCCAUGGACCUGCUGCUUAAGCACUCUGCUUCCCUAGAAGCUGUCACAGAGUCUGGUCUCACUCCUCUUCAUGUAGCAGCUUUCAUGGGCCACUUGAACAUAGUCAAGAACCUGCUCCAGAGAGGGGCUUCACCUAAUGCUUCCAAUGUGAAAGUGGAGACCCCCCUCCACAUGGCCUCACGAGCUGGACACUGUGAAGUUGCUCAGUUUCUGCUGCAGAACGCAGCACAAGUGGAUGCCAGGGCUAAGGAUGAUCAGACACCCUUACACUGUGCGGCUCGCAUGGGCCACAAGGAGCUCGUCAAACUGCUCAUUGAGCACAAAGCCAACCCAGACUCAGCUACGACUGCAGGCCACACACCUCUUCACAUCUCUGCACGUGAAGGACACGUCCACACUAUUCGCAUCAUGUUGGAUGCAGGAGCACAGCAGAUAAAAAUGACAAAGCAGAAAGGCUUCACUCCUCUCCAUGUGGCCUCUAAAUAUGGGAAGGUGGACGUCGCUGAGCUCCUUCUGGAGAGAGGAGCCAACCCUAAUGCAGCUGGGAAGAACGGUCUGACACCCCUUCAUGUGGCCGUCCAUCACAACAACCUGGAUGUUGUUAAACUCCUGGUCAGCAAGGGAGGAUCUGCACACAGCACUGCCCGAAAUGGCUACACUCCCCUGCACAUAGCGGCCAAGCAGAACCAGAUGGAGGUAGCCAGUUGUCUGCUACAGAGCGGGGCUACACCCAACUCAGAAUCCCUCCAAGGCAUCACGCCCCUACACCUGGCCUCACAGGAGGGGCGGCCCGACAUGGUGGCCCUGCUAAUUUCCAAACAGGCCAACGUAAAUCUGGGAAACAAGAAUGGCUUGACCCCUCUGCAUCUUGUAGCUCAGGAAGGGCAUGUUGGAAUAGCUGACACACUGGUCAAACAAGGAGCCUCAGUUUACGCUGCCUCAAGAAUGGGCUACACACCCCUUCAUGUGGCCUGUCACUAUGGCAACAUCAAGAUGGUGAAGUUCCUUCUGCAGCAGCAGGUUCAUGUGAAUAGCAAGACAAGGAUGGGCUACACCCCUCUGCACCAGGCAGCUCAGCAGGGCCAUACCGAUAUUGUCACCCUGCUGCUGAAACAUGGAGCACAGCCCAAUGAGAUCACUUCGAAUGGGACAUCUCCCCUUGGUAUUGCUAAGCGGCUGGGUUAUAUCUCUGUCAUUGACGUGCUGAAACUGGUUACCGAGGAGUCCGUCUCCGCGAUCACUACAGAGAAGCAUCGGAUGAGUUUUCCUGAGACUGUAGAUGAGAUUUUGGAUGUUUCAGAGGAUGAAGGAGACGAGUUGCUCGGGAUGGAUGGAGCACGCUAUUUGAAGCUCGAUGACUUUAAGGACCAGGAUGAUGACUUCCUCUCCCCAAAGAAAUCCCUCAGAGACUUUGAGGGAGGCAUGGGUACCACGCCAUAUUCUCCUGCAAUUCCCAGGAUCCCUUGUGUGUCCCCGGAGACUGUACUUUUGGAUCAGCACACCCCCAUCCCGCUGCCAAAGGAGUAUGAUGAAGACUCCCUGAUCCCGAGCAGUCCGGCUACGGAGACCUCAGACAAUGUCAGCCCUGUGGCCAGCCCUAUUCACACCGGCUUCCUGGUGAGUUUCAUGGUGGAUGCUCGAGGAGGCUCCAUGCGAGGCAGCAGACACCACGGCCUGCGAGUGAUCAUCCCUCCUCGCACCUGCACUGCCCCAACACGCAUCACCUGCCGUCUGGUCAAACCUCAGAAACUGACCACGCCUCCUCCGCUGGUGGAGGGGGAGGGGCUUGCUAGCCGUAUUAUCUCACUUGGGCCAUCUAGUAUGCAGUUCCUUGGGCCUGUUAUAGUGGAAAUCCCUCACUUUGCCUCACUGGGCCGGGGGGACAGAGAGCUCGUGGUCCUCCGCAGUGAAAACGGCUCAGUCUGGAAAGAACACCGCAAUCGCUAUGGUGACGAAGUGCUGGAAACUAUUCUAAAUGGCAUGGAUGAAGACUUGGAGAGUCAAGACGAGCUGGAGAAGAAAAGAAUCCGUCGGAUCAUCUCCACCGACUUCCCGCUCUACUUCGCAGUGGUCUCUCGCAUUCAGCAGGAGAGCGAUCUGAUUGGUCCAGAGGGUGGCAGGCUGACCAGUAAACUUGUGCCCCAUGUCGAGGCUAUCUUCCCCGAGACAGCCGUCACCAAGAGAGUGAGACUUGGACUGCAGGCGCAGCCCAUCCCUGAUGAGCUGCUGACUCGGCAGCUUGGUAACCAGGCGACCUUCAGCCCAGUGGUAACCAUCGAGCCACGCCGACGCAAAUUUCACCGUCCAAUCGGCUUGCGCAUCCCUUUGCCACCCUCCUGGAGGGAGAGUCCUCGGGAUGCUGGAGAGGGUGAUACCACCAGCUUGCGCCUGCUCUGCAGUGUCAUUGGUGGUACAGCACCGGCUCAGUGGGAGGACAUCACUGGAACCACCAAGCUGAUGUACGCUCAUAACUGUGCAAACUUCACCACCAAUGUUUCAGCCAGAUUCUGGCUGGCAGACUGUCCACGCACAGCAGAGGCAGUGACCUUUGCCAACUUGCUGUACCGGGAGCUGAUGGCCGUUCCAUACAUGGCCAAGUUUGUUAUUUUUGCCAAGAUGAAUGAGGCUCGCGAGGGACGCUUGCGUUGUUACUGCAUGACAGAUGACAAGAUGGACAAAACACUGGAGCUGCAUGAAAACUUCACUGAAGUGGCCCGCAGUCGAGACAUUGAGCUGAUGGAGGGCAUGCCGCUGCACCUCGAGUGUUCUGGGAACCUCGUGCCCAUCAGGAAGGCCACCCAGCAGCCUCGCAGCUUCAGCUUCCAGGCCUUCAGAGAUAACAGGCUGCCUGUGUCUGUCAAGGUCAGAGAUAGUAACAAGGAUGCCAUUGGCUUUUUGUCGUUUCUGCGGAAGUGCACGAAGUACGAGGAUACACAGCACGUUCUGUGUAACCUGAACAUAACCAUGCCACCCUGCGUCAAGGUGGUUGGAAGUGAAGAGCGUAGACGAACUUUAACCCCCCUUGCUCUGAGGGAGCGCUACAGUGCACUGAACGAGCCUGGUUUGGCCACAGUGAAUGCAAUGGAGAGGACUGAGAUAAAGAUCAACAUCAUAUCUGAACAGCUGGGUUUGAGUUGGGCAGAGUUGGCGCGAGAGCUUCAGCUCGGUGUGGAUGACAUCAAUAGAAUCCGUGUGGAGAAUCCCAACUCCCUCCUGGACCAGAGCUCUGCCUUGCUCAGCCUGUGGGCCAGCAGAGAAGGCAAAAGGGCAAAGAUGGAGAGCUUGUACACCGCUCUGAAAAACAUUGACCGUGCAGACAUUGUCACCUCUCUGGAGGGACAGCCGCCACAACCGGCACCAGGUUCUUCAGAGGACGGUGCCUGUCGACUCAGUGACCGUGACUCCAGCCUGCUGUCCCCCAGUAUCAAUGGUUAUGGGCUGGUGCAGGAGGAGCUGCUGUCCCCGGCCUCUUUGCAGUACAGCUUGCCAUCCCCGCUGGGCGUGGAGCCCUACUGGCAGGAAGUCUCAAGCCUUGAUUGUGCUCCAAUUGCCACCACAGAGGAAGACACACUUGUGGAGAUGUCGGACAUUCAGGUGUGGCCAGCGGGGGUCAGCCCCUCGCUGGCAGUGGAAGACUCGUCACUAGAGGGCAGCAGUCGGGCUGACGACUCAGAGGGCGCCACCCUCUCGCUGCCCUGCAGCUUGGGUCGCCCGAGCAGCGGAGCAAGUGGGGCCAGUGGCUCCAUCAUGGAGCUGGAGGAGGAAGAGGAGGAGGAGGAGGAGGAAGGGGAGGUUGAAGAGGAGGAGGCGCCACAGGAGCUAACAACAGAACUGGCAGAAAGAGACAGGGUGAGAGCCAGUGGUGCCGUUCCAAAAGUCAACCUAAAUGGCCAGUUGGGAGGUCAGAGGUCAGACAGAAGGAGGGGGGAGGCCCUUGCCACAGGAGGAGGGGCUAGAGGGAGAGGUGAAAGUCUAGGGCUGGGUUCAGUGGAAGGAAUUUCUGUUGUUGCAGGCCAGCAGGUGUAUGCCCAACGGUGUGAGAUCUCGGGACUGAGUCGGGCUUCAGAGCACAAUGGGGAUAACCGUAUGGUUGGCGGUGGAGCAUUUCAACCUUACUUACCAGACAAGGACACCCUGCAGGGCUGGGUGGGCUCAGUGUCAUCAGGACGUGACGGCAGCAUGCCAGGCUUGCGCGUGGCCCAGGAGGCUCUGCUGACUCCGAGAGAGGAAAAGGAUGAUUAUUCUGCUGAGGUGCAGUUUGCUUCUGAACAGGGCAAGGUGCUUGCUCGAAAGGUGGGGGUGGAUGUGAGAAAGGGCGCUCAGUCAGUGCAGCGCACCAGUCUGCGGAGAGUUAAACACUGAAAUACACAUACUUCCCCAGUCCUCCAGGACCGGAAAGCCACUGCCAAACCAUCCUCCAAAAAAACACAACCAGAGCGAAGAGGAAAAUGAACAAAGGAGGAGAGUGAGAGUGAAACAAAGACUAAGAUGGCAACCUACAAAAUGACAAACAGAAUCAUCCUCAAUGUGUGACCAUGGAGCACCACAGAAGAAAAGAGACAGAGAAAAAAAAAGAGGAGUUAAACUUGUAGUUUUAUAACAUUUGUAAAGAAAAAACAUCAACUAAACUAUGGCAUGAAGAUUCCUUUUUUUUCUUUUUUUUUUUACAAAAAAACAUAAAUGUCAGUAAAACAACCAAGAAAAAAAAAAGCAACAAAAAGUGCUUCCUGUGAACUGUAAACGCAUGAUGACUGCUGGUGCAUGCCCUUUGACCUUUUGAACUGUCAUUAUCUUCAAACUGAAGGGGUACAAGGUAUGGGGGCUGGCCAACACUUCGGACACAUGUUGUUUAUGGACCUAAUCCCCCCCUGACAAAAGUGACAAGCGUGAUGAGUCCAAUAACACUACAGCCAAAAAAAAAAGUCCCCAGACGGAUGGUUCUGUAAACAGCUACGCCUCUGCUGAGCCUACCAAUGCUUCUUUCACUGGACCUUUCCCCUAUUAUUCUCUAUGUGAUAUAUGCACUCUAUGCUACGUGGACAUGUGUCAGUAUGUGGAUGUGUGCGUAUGUGUGCACCUAUUCUUCUCUACCGCAUGUGUUUCUUGCUUCUGGCUUUGUGCUGGGACACGCGUCACGAUUGGCUCUAGCCCCUGUGAUGUCAUGGCGUGCUCAGUGCUAGUGUGAGAAAGCCGCUGCGCUCCCCUGCUUGUAAGUGCUCUUGUCUGCGUCUUGACGUCUUUCCUUUGUGGAUAAAGUUUGUGUGUUUAUUUGUUUUUGUUUGUUUGUUUCUGGAACCCUGUUAACCUUGGUUUAAAGCAGUGUUUAACCUCGUUGGGGAAAUGAAGCUCUUUUGAACCCUUGAUUUUUCAGGGGAAAUGUGCUUUUUAGACAACAGGGAAUGUGUUCAUUGGAAAGGAGUCAGUUUGUAGUUCGCAUUGUGCAGCAGCUUUAUAACACAAAGAUUUAAUGUUUUCCCCCUUUGUGACCUCUUCUACCUUCUUCCAUUGUUUCUUCCAGUAGCGCAUAUCAUCUUGAUCCACUAUCUUUAUCAGUAGCCUCAGUCAAUAUGCAGUGGAAACACAAGCCUCCAUCAGCAUCUUUAGCUCCUCCAUCUAUUUUGAAAAAGAAAAAUGCGUGUGCACUCUAUCUGUUUGCAAUGGCUGUAGGGCCUGGCUGAAAACUCAUUGGUAAGAAAGAAGCAGAGAGAAAUGGAAGAUCUGAUCUAUGUGAGGAUGUGGUGAUUUGGAUGAUUUCCAGUGAAGUGGUAGAAAGUGAGAAAUAGCAUAAUGCUACGCUAUAUGAAUGGACUCAGACAGGUAGCACUGUGAUCGUCUUAAUACCACUGACCCCAAACUCGUGAACUGUGAAGACACACAAACAUUCAUGUAAACUAACAAAAGCACAGUAUAUAUAUAGACACACAAUCAGAAAAAAAAAAACAUGACAUUGUUGAAUAAUCAUGGCCAGGAUUAAGGGUCAGAGGACAGUGAUUUGGGAGUUUGCCACAGCAAUAAAACCUUACAACAACCACAAAAGAUGGAAGCCAGGGAUGUGUAUGUCUAUAUGAAGAAUGUGAAAGGUGUAACUGAAUGAACUUCUCUGUGAAUGCAGAAACUCCAUCUAGAUGAACAACAGUCGAUUUGGGGCUGCUGUGCUAUAACUAAAUGAUUCAAACGACCUUGAUUAAAUGAGUCACAGACGAUGCACUAAUGCAAGAUCAGAUGACUCAGUGGUAGCAGUGGGGGAGGCCUGAGACAGAUGGUUUUCUUUUGUUUUUUGUUUUGGUUUUUUUCAGCACCUAACGUAGCAAAAUAUAAACCAGGAUAUAUGAACCUGUCACACUAAUGUAUUGUACGAAGUGUGCUGCUGCUGUAAGGUGGAACCCACCUGGCUGCAUUUUAUUGUAUUGAGUAUAGAAGUUGUUUUAGUGUGUCAUAUUGGCAUCCCUGUAAACCACCCUUCAUCACUUACUUUAUGCAUACAACUGACGGCAGCACUAUGAAGGGGUCAUAUCAUAGUAGCACACAUUUUCCUGGAAAUCAAAACACAAUAUUUAAGUACUGUAAAUGCUACUGUAGCCUGAAUGAAUGAGACACUGAGCGAAUGAAUGAAUGUAGACAUUAGUUACACAUCACACAUAUGCACAUAUUUUCCAUGCCCAGUCCGUGCACGAGAGCCUCAUCAGAUAUAGCACAUGUUUAUUACAUAUCACGUUUUCCACUGUACCUCCACUCAGGUUUUUAGUUCUGCUCUGACAGAAUCAAUUUUUGUUGUUGUUUAUUUAUGUUCUGAGUCCUCCUCUCAAAGGCAAGUAUGGGACAUGAAGUGAGUGCUUCAGAGUUAGGCUUUGGUUUUGGGGACAUUUAGGGAGUGUUUGGGGAUUCAUGUGGGUUUGGUGUGGGAGGGGUACGAAGGUGGAUGUUUUUUGUGUAAGUGGUUUUGAGUGCAUGUGUGUGCAUGUGGUGGUGUCCACUUUGAUUCAAGUCAGACCAAAAAUGACACAGAGUAUGUAGUCAGCUCUUUGCAUGCAGAGCUUCCAAGGGGGCAUAUUAAACGACUGACAUUUAUCCUAAUACAUUAUUUACCACUGAUAAACAAAAAAAACAAAGAUGGUUCUCAUGAACUACAUUUCUCAUAACACAAAGGUAAACAAAUAAAAGAAAGACAGUUUAAUUUGAUUCCCAUUAUUCCACACAGUGAGUUCUCUAGUUGAUAUUUACUCCUGCAUUAGCAUAAAGCAUUGAUUGCAUCAAGGCAAUUAAAAUACCGUUACAUAGGACGUUUUUUUCGCUACAGAGUCAGUCUUUAAAUCCCAGGUUGGGAUUUUAAAUUCACACUGGACCCAAAAAGAUUCAAGGCAAAAUGCUUGUGAAGACAAAAACAGGUGAAUUGACAGACGUGUCUCCAGCAAUGUGCAGGACAACAUUUGAUCCAGUAUUAUCAAGUCAGAUAACACAGCUGACAUUUUUCCUCAUGAAUUUGCUUUCUUCAUUCAGUUAGUAAGGUGGUUUAUAGAUACAGGAAUUACAAUUAAAUCCAAAAACCUUUAGGAAAAGCGUUACAAAUUAUGAGGCUACUAUGUGGGAGAUGCAAUUUAAGGAAAUAUAUCAGAAAUUAUAAAAAAUAAAUGUGAGAUGAUAUAGAAAUGUAUUAAUCUGUUUUUAACUGAUCAAUUUUACAAUGAUAUAGUAAGCCCUUGUAUUUAAAUGGACUUCAAAAUAAUCCCUCUGUUUCCACUCAAAGGUGGGUUAUUAUUAAUGUUAUUUAAACUGAUAAUCUGGGGAUUAACAAGUUAGUGUCCUCUACCAUGAUGAAGAUGUGAGUGUGAUUGGAAGUGUGUGUGUGUGUGUGUGUGGGUGUGAGGUGCUGGGGUUCCAAAUCUUGUUGAAUAAGGGGGAUGAAGACCAGGAAUGUGACCUGAGAGGACGUGUAACCAACAAGGGUGUAUUCAAAGAAAGAGUAUUGUAAAAAAAAAAAUAAUAAUAAGUGUUGCGAAGAAUAGAGAUCACCUAUACUCCUUUAGAAUGGAUACAUGACAAUGUAAACGCAAUAUCAUAUUACUCUAUCCUAAGGAAUGCAACUGCGCACAUGCACAAAAAAUAUGUUUUUAUGAAAAUAUAUGUAUAAAUAUAUGACAAAAUAUAUUUAAUUAGAAUGCUAUGCACCCUCAUAGAGUUGUUAUGGAUGUUCUUUAAGCAUUAACUAGACUAGGCCAACACCCACAUCAUGGGGAAUGUAGAGGCUUUGUAGCUAUGACCACUUGUUUUCUUUUCUUUUGUAUUGUCCUGGAGAGAGGAUAAACAAACGUGAAUAUGUAUACAAGCCUUUCAAUCAGAAUCAUUCUGACAUGAAGAUAUGUAUAGAUCAUCUUACCCUGUACACCAGCUCAAACCAUUUACAAGAAUUAAUAAACAAAGAUGUGACAUAA